AUGGGCUCCCUACUCUCCGAAGACCCCGGUGUCACAACAGACUCCAGCAAAGAUGAAUUGACCGAGAUAUUCGCGGCCUCUGCGCCGUCCGGUCUCCCCGCGGACGUCCUCAGGGAACUGCAAUCAAUCAUGCGCGUCCACGACAUUACCGCGCAAGAACUGUUUUACCGAUGGGAGUCGUACUGCCUGCGAAUGGGCUCUGAGGAGACGAAGCUCGAUCUCGAAACUGUUAGGCUGUUCAAGCGCGAUGUGCAGGAGAAUUUGGAACGGCAGGCCAGGGGACGGCAGCAUGUUGAGAAGCGCGGUGGGGCCACGGCGACGCCGAGGGCUAGGGAUGUGAAUGUUGGAGGAGGCGCCGGUGCGGGGGAUGUUUUUGGGAUGCUGGACGGAUUGACACCUGUGCGGACACCGGCUGCUAAGAGGAAGGCAGAAUUCUCGUCGCCGUCGGUUGUGAAGAAGGUUGAUUCUCCGGUUGCCGCGAGGCCAAAGGUUGCGAGUGGUGGUGUGGAGGGCUUACAGUCUGUCCCGUUCUCCGAGCGCCAGAACCCCGGUCAAACGGUUGAAACUAUCAACGAGCACCUGUCGAUGCCCGAAACACCCAUGGCGCCAUUCUCGGAGCCUCGCAUUCGCCCGGCCGCGAACACAGAUCUCAAAAAGUUCGGGUAUAAGCCCAUGGCUAUGCGACUCUCGGAAGCGUCUGAGAUUCUGGAUGAUCGGAUUGACGAGUUCAUGGCCAUAUUCGAGAAGAAGUAUGAGAAGGAGGAUAUCACGUUCGGAAGCGCCGCUGUCCAGAGCACGAGCGAGAUUGUUGCCGUUGGGCGCAUCGCCUCUGACAGCUCAGAAGGGAAGCUUAAUCCGGCAUCGCUUGUGCUGGAGACGUCGAGACGCACGGGAGCCGGUAGGAGGGUUCCGUUGAAUGUGGACUCCAUUCCCACUGUGAACUUCUUCCCUGGACAGAUUGUCGCCCUGCUGGGAAUCAAUGCGUCAGGGAAGUACUUUUCGGUCAAAGAAGUUCUGCCGCCACCUCUUCUACCGCCAGCUGUGUCGUCCAUCCCCACCAUUGAGAGUACAAAUGAGCGAAUACUAGAAGGAGGCUCUUCCCCGUUGAAUGUAAUGGUCGCUUCGGGGCCUUACACAGCAGACGAUAAUCUUGACUUUGAGCCGUUGAAGGAGAUAUGCCAAAAGGCCGCAGAGAGCUACGCAGAUGGCCUUAUCCUCAUGGGCCCUUUCCUGGACCUCGAACACCCAUUGCUGGCAGCGGGCGAUUUCGACCUUCCAGAGAACAUUGACCCGGACACGGCCACACUUACUACCGUCUUCAAGCACUUCAUAUCCACACCGUUGCAGAAACUCGCUGCGACUGUCCCGAGCAUCACAAUCGCGCUUGUCCCGUCCGUCCGGGACGCCGUGAGCAAACACGUCUCAUGGCCACAGGAGCAGCUACCAAAAAAGGAACUCGGGUUACCCAAGCAGGUUCGUAUGGUGUCUAACCCUGUAACCUUUUCCCUGAACGAGACAGUCAUUGGACUGUGCUCGCAUGAUGUGCUGGACGAGUUGCGCAGGGAAGAAGCAUGGCACGGGAAACCGAAAGACGGCCUUUUGCCGCGUCUGGUGAAGUACCUGAUUGAACAGCGACACUUUAUGCCUAUCUUCCCACCGUCAUCUAGAAGUUCGCUUCCAAAACCCGGAAUUGAGGGUGCGCUGGCGACGGGCGCAGCCAUGGACGUUAGCUACUCCAAACUCGGUGAAUGGUGGAAUGUGCGGCCAGAUAUCUUGAUCGUCCCUAGCAUUCUGCCGCCCUUUGCUAAGGUCGUCGACAGCAUCCUCACAAUAAACCCCGGCACACUCUCCAAGCGACGAGCAGCAGGAACCUACGCACAGAUGGCCAUCCAUCCGCGCCGCGUGGCCGAAGAAGAACGGGAGCAGAAGAACAUAAGCCACAAACUAUACGAACGGACGCGCGUGGAUAUUGUCCGCAUAUAA